UUCUCUAGACUCCCCUUCGUCCCUUUCUCUCUCUUCACACUCGCCUCGCCAUUAAAGCUCCAAAAAAGAAAAAAAGGCUGCGAAAAAAAUCAUCUUCUCUUCUCCUAAAAUCUUCCACCUUGAACCGUCCCUGUCCGCGAAUUUCUAGAUGCCCCGAUCGCUUCCGAUUUUUUUCUGGAUUUCUCCGAUUUUUUGAAGUAUUUUUCCUUGUGGACGGUUUCAUUGCCAUUCCUCGACGGGGUUAGGGUUUGCGGGGAUGAGGGUGCACGGCGAGGUGUCGGACGAUGAGGCGGCCGUGGCUGUGGUUGGGGAAACGGUGCCCUCCUCGCCGCCUCCCGCCUCCGUGGUGCAGCCGCUGGUGGUGGGGUACGCCCUCACCAAGAAGAAAGUCAAGAGCUUCCUGCAGCCCAAGCUGCUCGCGCUGGCCAGGAAGAAAGGCAUUCAUUUCGUAUCAAUUGAUGAGACUUGCCCCCUCUCUGAACAAGGUCCAUUUGACAUCAUUUUGCACAAGCUUACUAGUAAGGAGUGGCAGCAAGUUUUGGAGGACUAUCGUGAAGAGCAUCCAGAAGUGACUGUCCUCGACCCACCAAAUGCUAUCCAACAUUUGCACAAUCGCCAAUCAAUGCUACAAGAAGUUGCUGAUUUGAACCUGUCCAAUGGUUAUGGAGAGGUUUGCGCUCCACGACAACUAGUCAUCAUGAAAGAUCCGUCUUCCAUACCUGAUGCAGUUGCCAAGGCUGGACUAACCUUGCCUUUGGUUGCCAAACCAUUGGUCGCUGAUGGUACAUCAAAAUCUCAUGAGCUAUCCCUUGCAUAUGUGGAAGCAUCAUUGCCUUUGCUUGACCCUCCUUUGGUUCUCCAGGAAUUUGUCAAUCAUGGUGGGAUCCUAUUUAAGGUAUAUAUUGUUGGUGAAACAAUACAGGUAGUCCGCAGGUUUUCACUUCCUGAUGUUAAUACAUAUGACCUGGGAAACAAUGACGGUAUCUUUCGAUUCCCAAGAGUUUCUUGUGCUACAAAUAAUGCAGAAGAUGCAGAUGUUGACCCUUGUAUUGCAGAACUUCCUCCAAAGCCACUUCUUGAGAAACUUGGCCGGGAGCUUCGACGCCGGCUGGGUCUUAGGCUGUUUAACAUAGAUAUGAUUAGAGAACAUGGAAGAAAGGACCGGUACUAUGUCAUUGACAUCAACUAUUUUCCUGGAUAUGGCAAGAUGCCAGGAUAUGAGCACAUAUUCACUGACUUCCUGCUAAGCCUCGUGCAAAGCAAGUACAAGAGGCUAAGUGGGAGCUGAAGCGUAGAGAAGAUUUACUUUCGAUGGAGACUAUUAACAGAUGCCAGCUAGCCUGGCCAUAUAACAGUGGCAGCUAGAAAGGUCUUCCAGGUUGUACAUAGCAAGGGGGUGGGUCUUAGCAUGAAUGCGGUGUUUGGGCCGGGGCCUUGACUGAAGGCGCAUAGCAGAACUAAGAUAAAAAAUGCAGUGUUUGGGCCGGGGCAGUAUCUGAAGAAAGGUUUUGGCUCCGUGCCCAGCCUACUGUGUAAUUCGUUUGACCGAGUGGCCGACCUGUGUAAAUCGUUUUACCGAGUGCCGACCUGGGCUUCUUUAGUUUCAAAAACAAACAAACAAAACCUUUGCUUCGUUUUU